GAUGUAUCUGUUUUUAUCAGCCUAUAAAAAAUCCACCAACAGGGAAGAAGUAUGUUAGAUGUCCUUGCAACUGCCUGCUAAUCUGUAAAGACACGUCUAGGAGGAUAGGAUGCCCUCGGCCCAACUGCAGACGGAUCAUCAACCUGAGUCCUGUGAUGGUGAUCCCAGAGGAGCAGCCCGCCCAGCCAGCUCUGCCCGUCCAGCCCGAGGGCAUGCGUGUGGUCUGCGGCCACUGCGGCAACACAUUCCUUUGGAUGGAGCUACGGUUCAAUACACUGGCCAAGUGCCCGCAUUGCAAAAAAAUAUCCUCUGUAGGCAGUGCUCUACCCAGAAGGCGCUGCUGUGCCUACAUUACAGUAGGAAUGAUCUGCAUUUUCAUCGGUGUCGGUUUAACAGUGGGCACUCAGGACUUCGCCAGGCGUUACCAUGCUACUUACGUGUCCUGGGCCUUCGCGUAUCUCCUGGGCCUCAUCUGUUUGGUACGGGCCUGCUACUGGGGAGUGAUUAAAGUCAGCUAUCCAGAAAACACCUUUGCGUAGACAAAGCCUCCGUCCUUCAAGUCCUUAGUGUUUGAUUUCUCUUAAUUUGAACAGGUUAACUGUUACAAGAACAUAAGAAUCCAGGGGGUUUAGAUACUAGAUACUAUGUUUCAGAUUGAGUUAUUGAUUAGCUCUGAUGUAACUGAUUUGAACCCACGUUAUGAUGCCUUGAGCUAUUAAGGUGAAAUCGGUGAUUCAAAAAAAUAAUACAAAUAAUCCGUUCAUGGUACACCUCUUGGAUUUGUCAUGGUGGGUGGAUUACAAACAUAUUUUAUGUACUGCAUUUUGUUAACAACUUGACCAAAAGAGAUGAACAAUUUGUCCAUUGCACUACGAUUUUAUGCAAUUCUUCUGUUGUGUUGCUGCUAGUCACUACAGCUGUUAGGAGCUGAGAGAUGUCAUGUGUUCAGAGAGCCUGCCAGCACCCAUGAUGGCACUAUCUGUCACGUUCAGAUAUAUUUAACUGUUCUUUAAAUGCCGUGCCAACAUUUUUCUUGUUUAGUAUCCGUCUCCCUCGGAUGAAAUUUAGCAGUAUUUUCAAACCCUUUUGGCUGCUCAAACUCACUGUCAGCAAUAAUCAUGCUUUUGUGUGGCUUUAAAAGAAAAACUGCAUGUUCACAGACACCGGACCUGUAAAACAAACUUCUGGGUUCAAUACAAGUUAAGCUGAUUAGACAGCACUUGUGGCAUGAUAUUGACUGAAUAACACAAAAAUUAUUUUGACCAGUGCUUUCUUCCACCUUCAAUGGCAUGACUGAGGUGAGACCCUUGAGCAAGACACAGAACGUGUGUGUGUGUGUGUGUGUGUGUGUUCAUUUACUACUCACUGUUGUGUGUGUGCACGUGGAUGGGUUAAAUGCAGAGCACAAAUUCCGAGUUUGAAGCUCCAUACAUUGCUAUAUGUCAGUUCACUCACUAAUUUGCCUAAACAACUAAAACAGCUUGGCAGAUGUAUAGAAGAAUUAUUGUAAAUGCAUUUUUACAAUUAUAAGCUUCACGUUUAUAUUUUUAAAUAAUCUGAAAAUUGGCCCCAGUCACUUCCAUUCUAAGAGCCUUACUGUAACCUUAGUUUUUGGUUUAAAGAAUAAAAUAUAAGUAUAAAAUAUUUAUUUUGUGGCCACAAAUGCUGUGUAAUUGAUCUUAACUUAAACUGAAUCUGAAAUAUUUCUUCAGUUUUACUCACUGAUCAGUAAUAUUGACACGUGGUGAAUGGGAAACGCAUGAUUUUAUUUGGAUUCUUUUGUACUCAGAAAUUGUGUUUUGUUAGUCUGUCACUGACGGGGCACUGUGUGUAGAAUGUAAACGCCCCACUGCUACCCGCCUAAAUCCACAACCUGCCACAACCUUGCUAGUAUUGCUGUAGCUUACAUUUACAGUAGUUCUGUAUUUUGUCAAGACAAAUGGAGAUUACUAUACUAUCUAAACUUGUUCUGAAUGUGACAAGUCAGUGGAGUCCUUGUACAUAGGAAACUGAGCACACAAAGUCUGUAGUUCAAGUUGGAAUAUGGCUUGGGUCUUUUUAAAACAAUAAUUUCUCAAUAAAAUGCUAAAAUAUUCUUUGCCC